CUACAAGCUACGCCUACUUGCCUGUAUUCACAAGCUGUGCAACCAACCCCCACCACACCACCCACACACAGAGCACACCCCACCCACUAUGUCCAUGUGUAUACACACAAAUGAUGCGCACGCGGAAAGGCAUCCAUCGCCUGCCAUCCUGUACUACGAGUGACAUGUUUCGACCUCAGGCUCUUCGAGAGUCUGCAUCUUCGUGACUUUGGGGCUGUCGUUGUCGUUGUCCUUAUAGGACAGCCCCCCGCCCAUCUCGAACACAGCCGGCCAAUGCCCCCCUUCGCCAACAAAGAAAGUGCUGUUGGUCUUGGCGUCGUCCCGCCCGCCCUUCUUGGCCUGCUUCCCCCCGCUUUUGCAGGGAUGCGUGGGCCAAUCGUACGGCAGGUGGCCCGACACUGGCGCGUCGGCAUAGAGCACGUCGGCCACCCCGCCGCCCUCCGACCCCACCAGCCAUGCCACCACAAAGGCGUCUGACAGGUUGAUGAGGUUGUUGGUGUACAGCGGCCUGCCCGUCAGGAACACGGUCACCACUGGCGUGUCUGGCGCCUGCUUCCUGAGCGUCCUGAGCAGGUGGAGGUCGAAGUAGCCGGCGGGGUUCUGCGGCCGCACGUGAGAGAAUGGCCUGGGGACGGUGAUGUCUCCCCCAUCCUCGGCAUAGGGGUCCUCCGCAAUGACGGCAAUGAUGGCGUCGAAGGCGCCCUUCCUCGCCGCCUUGCCGUCAAAAGAGUACUCCACCGAGCCCCCCUUCUGUGCGGCCUUCUGCCGCAGGCCAGCCAGGAUGGUCGUCGCCCCCACAAACACCUCGUUCGGUGCCUUCUUGUCGCCCUGCCAUGUGUAUGUCCACCCCCCGCUCUGCACCGCGAUGCUGUCGGCCCCCCUGCCCACCACCAGCAGCCGUGAUGGCUUCUUCAGCGGCAGGAUUUGCCUGUCGUUCUUGAGCAGGACGAGCGACUUCUGCACAGCCUCGCGAGCGACCUUCCGGUGGCCUGGUGCGCCGAGGGAGUGGCCCAUGUCUUUGAGCAUCUGUGCGCGUCGCUGUGGCGAUGGCCGUGGCUUGCCGUGUGGCGUGGAUAUGGACGAGAUGAAGCCCAUGCGCGCCUUGACUCUGAGGAUCCGCGUGACGGCGUCGUCGAUGCGCUCCAUCGGCACGAUGCCCGCACGCACCUGCUUGGCCGUGUUCUCGAUGAAACCAACCUGACGGACCGAGGAACAGCAAUCUAAUUAAUCUUCACACACACCCCCAUGCCCCCAUGCCCAUCGUCCGUCUCUGGCAUCUCCAUGCUAAGCUAACCCAGUCGUUAUUGGUCGGGACCAUGAAUAUGUCGAUGCCGGCAUUGACAGAGGGGGGGCAGGACCAUUUGGUGCAGGAGGGCCACACCCAGUGGUGCCCCUCCCAGUCGCUGAUGACCAGCCCAUCGAACCCGAGGGCGUUCUUCAAGACUCCGUUGAUGAGGUACUCGUGGGCGUGCAGCUGCAGACCGUUGUAGCUGGAGAAACUCACCUGAACACAGAGAAAGAAGUGAGGUGAGGGAGGGACACAUCUAUCUGCAUCAAGUGCGGUGUGGUGUGUGGGGUAUGGUCUCGUCUCGUCUCGUCUCACCAUGAUGGCCCCAACUCCAGCUUCGAUGGCCGCAAAGUACCCCGGAGCGUGUUUCGACCUCAGCUCCUCCUCACUCAUGAAGGCAGGACCCGUGUUCUUGCCGUGCUGAGUGCCACCGUCAGCUAUCUGCACACACACACCACACACAUGAUCGACCAGAGGCACCGAUCCUUCACGGCCCGGCCACACCUCACUCACCCAGUGCUUUGCCGUCGCCAGGACGUGUGUCGCAUCCAGGUAGUAUUUCCCUCCAUCCUUGUGGGGGUGGCCCUGCAAGCCGGUGACCAUGGCUGCACCUAGGCGCGCGACGGUCUCUGAGAAGGCCGAGUAGCCCUCGUAUGUCCUGCCCCAUCGGGCAUUCUGCGGGACGGCGAGGCAUGGGGCAAAGGUCCAGUCUAGACCCGUCAGCGCCAGCUCUAUCGCCGUCACACGACCAAUCCUGCACCAAGACAGCAAGAAGGACGAUCGUAUGUCAUUGUGGGUUUGAUCAUCCAGUGGUGUUGGUCAGCUGCAGCUGACCUCUUCAUGAGUUCGACGUCGUUUGCGGCCCCGAGUGCGAUGUUGUGGGGGAAGAUGGUGGCUGACCCGUGGUUGUGGUGCCCAUGGACAGCGUCGAUUCCCCACAUGUAGGGGACCUUGACGCCCUUGUACGACGGAGCGGCGUUGUAAAACACCUCUGCCUGCGCAAGCCACGCCGCCUCAGUGUGAGAGCCGAUUCGGGUGCCUGACAAACACAGCAGACCAUGGGUUAGAUGCGCGUGUGUCGCCGAUUCAUCCGACCCAUUUCACCUACCUGCGCCCGAGAUGAUGGUGCCGACGAACUUCUCCUUCAUGUAAGAGGGGUCGGUGCCCGGUGAGUGGACUUGCACCAUCUGCGCCAGCUUCUGCUCCAGCGUCAGCCCGCCGACGAUGCGUUUGAUCUCAGCCUCCAUGUGUGGGUCUUUGGGAGGAGCGACCUUGAGCUUCGGCCACGGGAUCAGCGCUGAGCCAACAGCACAGUGGACACAGAGCUAGUGAGGACGAUUCCAGACGUGGCUAACCUCCGCCUGUUUUAGGUUGCAGCGUCCAGCAGUACCAGCCCCACCCCCUCUCCUUGGCCGACGGGGGGCACGGCUCGGACGCGAGACGACAUUGAGCCCACUUAUGAUGAUAGAUACACACAUGACAAGUCGGAUCAGCCAAACAUUUGCAGCAGUGCAGGCGUGCUUCCCCCCUCUCUGCUAACGUUUCGGCUCUUGGCAAGUAGUGAGCCCUGUGUGAUUCGGCACUGGAACUUCUCGUCGGCGCAGCAGCCCGUCUUGUUGCAGUCGCGGAACUUGGCAGAACAUGUCGGGCUCUUCUCUGCUUUCUCUGCCGAGAAGGGGACAGCAAGAGCCGACCAAUGCUCGGCAGGCCGCUCUUGUGUGCCCUUGGCAGCUUACCCCCUGACUGCGGCUGUGGCGGAGCCGAAACCUGCUGCGUACGUGCUGUAGGCGGCUGGCUCCAAUCUGCACAUCAACCAGACAGACAUAUCAGAGCCCGUUUCUUCUGUCCUCCAUCCUUUCGUCACCUGCAUGUCCGGGGGCCUGAAUGCCGUGCUGGUGUGCGCUCUUGGGUGUGUGAUAGCACCGCAGCGGCACCGCCCUCCUCGUGUACGAGCGCCUCUGCUGGGCGUGCGCCACCGGCUCAAGGGUUUGGUGAGUGUUGGUGGCGUCCCAGCAGCAGCCAUUACUCUGACAGGACGGCCAUGAUGGAUAACGUGUAAUGAACCGUGGAGAGUCUGUCUGUCUGUCUGUCUGUCGUGUGCGCACCUCGCACUCCUGCUUGGUGUCCAAGUUCCGCUGCGUGACGCUGUCGAGGCAGGCAACGGUGCUGAACUCCCUGUUGGGACACGUCGCUGCUGAAGGGGACAAGAAGGAGAGAAAGGGACACAAUCACGAAGGUGAUGGCCUCUGCUUUUCGUUGUCGUGUUAAUUGCCUGCUCUUUGCUCGAGUCCUCUCAGCCUGCCAUCGAGGUCUUCCUCGUCGUCGGGCUGUUCCUCGUCGGCACCUCUUCCGAUUGUGAGGAGGAGACCGAUGAGCACCAUCGCCCACCUCAUCUGUUUUCGAU